CCCUUGGAUUUGGUAAUAAUAAUAAAAAAUAAAAAAAAGUAACGAUGAAUGGGGAAUGCACAAAUGGCAUUGACAUCGAGGAAAGUUACAGGAAAUGAAUGACUACAAAAACCCCCCACCCACUACCCCUUUUCCCGUAUUUGUUUUUUUUAUCAACCCCCCAUUUUGCGAUUGCCGAGCGUCGAUCGUUGUUCCCCAAAACAACCACACUCCACUGAGAGGAGAGAGACAGGGAAAACCCCAAGUCCUAGCCGAUGGGGAAAAACGAAGCGUGUGGUUUCGCGGCAGGUGCAGGUGUUGGUGUUGGUCAUGUUGUGGCGAAGAAAUGGGAGAGAGGCUGCUGUGAUUGUGACGAGUCGGAUCGGACCGAGUUGACUCGGGACCACUUCGCCGGGAUGAGGAGUGCUGGUGUUCAGAGGAAGAAAAGGAUGCCCCGACAGAGGCGAUCCUCCCUCAACCUCAACCUCAACCUCAACCUCAACCUCAAUCUCCUCUUGCUGCCCUUCCCUUCCCUCCUCGUUCCCCACGUGCCCUCACCUCCCGUAAUUGAUCGAACAAGGUUGAGGUUUCUUUUUCAGAAGGAACUUCAGACGAGUGAUGUGGGCUCCCUCAGGAGAAUGAUAGUCCCUAAGAAGGCAGCUGAGGAUUACCUGCCUACCCUCAUGGAGAAGGAGGGAUUUUUUAUGAGAAUGGAUGAUAUGGAUGGCUUGCAUGUCUGGAGUUUCAAGUUCAGAUAUUGGCCAAACAAUACAAGUAGAAUGUACGUACUUGAAAAUACUGGGGAAUUUGUGAACACACACGCCCUAAAACAAGGAGACUACAUGAUGAUGUAUCAAGAUCAGCAAAACCAGAAUUUUGUAAUUCGAGGAAGGAAAGCUUCGGAUCAGGAUAUAUAUAUUGAAUGUACAAUGAAUGGUGUUAAUGACUUCUGCCCUGAUGAUUUUGAGGUAAAUAAUAAUGACUCUUAUCAUCAGCCGGUUCCUGUGAACUUCCCCCCAGUGGAUGAUACCACAGGGCCAUUGCCUUUUGUUUAUGAUCAAACUCCCUUUUCAAGUGACUUGAACAGAUCUUAUGUUUAUGAAACCACCUUGUCAAGUGGCUCAGACUCGUCUUAUGUUUAUGAGACUACCGUCUCAAAUGAGACUCUGCUUGAUUUUUGGAAUGCACCAAUGACCUACAAUCCGAAGGUUGAGCCUAUUGGAAACUUCGAGUCCAUAGAGAACUCGUCUAUGGAGGAACUUCUGUUAAGCUUUUAGAUUUCUAGUUCUGGAGCACUUGUUUCACCUGUAAUACUAGGGAGGAACUUUAUCAUGGUUACUCAACUCAAGUUGUUAAAAUAUAAUAGGGAGGAACUUUAUCAUGGUUACUCACUCAAGUCGUUAAAAUAUAAUAUUUAUGUAUGUAAUAAAUCAAGUAGAAAAACUUUGUACUUUCUUUC